CAUGUCUGCUCGAGUUGCCUUUGAUCCUUCAGAGGAGGACCCAGCUCAUAAGACAAUGGCUAUGGAAAUUCCAAGCACUGGAGACUUGUCAGGCUUUAGUGUAUGAUAGUAAAUUUCCACCACUAUCAAUAAAAAAUAGAGCAAAUUCAAAGCAAAAUGGAACAUAGACCUAUCCCUGCCAUCACAGUCAAGUCCCUACAAGGACUUGCUGUGUACAAGCUGGCUAGGAUGCUGCUGACAAGUGCCAUUCCACCAAGCCUGGAGAAGUACGUCCCCUUCCUCAGCCGGUACGACCAUGUGGAUGUCAAGGAGACUGAUGCCUCCCUGAUGCCCAUCGGCUGUGGGACAGUCUUUCAGCGCAAGAGGCUGGAGGGAAGGAGUGACACUCUUGUCCAGUGGAACACCCUCGACGACAUCAUUCUAGCCGAGGCCGGACAGUGCCACGACCAUCUCCUGCCAGCUAAGGAAAUUCUCAUUGAGCAUCUAGUGAAGGUGAAGAAAUGGUGGGAUAAUGAAGAAUGGUUGGGCAAGCAAGACAACAAGACCAGGAGGAUGAUACGGGACGUUUGUUCGGACAUGCUGGAACUCUUCAACUCCAGCUGCACGUGUCCUAUUUUCCAGCUGACCCUGGAGCUGAUAUUCUCAAAGAAAGCCGGGACAGGACAGUUUGAGUGGAUGCACAGCAGUGGUGUUAGGGCGUUGACAGAUGUCAGGCCCAGCAGAUUUAUAGGGUAUGCCUGUGUGGAAAUCCUGGAUGAGAUGUUUCUCCCAUCAGUGAGGGCCAUGGUGUCCCCCAAGCUGGAGCCAUUUUCCCUCGUCCAAGAUAACAGCCACAUCCACAGUGCAAUGUCAUGA